AUGUCUUCCAAGGGCAUUGGAAAGAGGUUUGGCUUCAAGAGGUCAAACACCAACCAGGACCCUAUCUCUGUCAAUGAGAUUACCCGAGAGGAUAGUCAGACAAAGAAUGGCAGUAGCAGCAAGACCCCUGUUGGUCACGGACAGGCAGAAGAGAUUGUAGAUGGCGAAGAGAUCAUCGAGGGUGUCGUCCGCGACAUCACCGAAGUUGAAGCCAAUGAGCGUCUCAGAGCCUGGAAGAAGGACCACAGAUGGGAUCCUAACAUGGACGAUGAGGCUAUCGAGAUGGUGGAUGCAGUCACCGGUGCUCACGACGCCAAAGCAGAGGCACAGCUGGUUGGAGACAUGGUCGAGAACUCCCCAUACCCCGAAGUCCGCGCCGUCGUCAGAAACUAUGACGAAGAUGUGCCAGCCAGCACCAUCAGAGCAUGGACCAUCGGUCUCUUCAUGACCACUAUCUGCUCAGCCGUCAACGCUCUGUUCUACCUGCGCUAUCCCACUAUUUCCAUCGGCCCUUACGUCGUGCAAUUGGUCUCCUAUCCUAUCGGUCUCGGAAUGGCAAGGGUCCUUCCUAACAAGGAAAUCACGCUCUUUGGUAUCAAGGCAAAUCUCAACCCUGGACCUUUCAACAUCAAGGAGCACGUCAUUAUCGUAGCCAUGGCUAACGCUGCCUUUGGUGGUGGUACUGGUUACUUCGUCGAUACCGUCGUUUCUCUCAAGAAGUUUUACCACUUCGAUACCAGCCAAUUCGGCUGGGGCUUCAACACUCUGUUCGCUCUUUCUACACAGUGUCUCGGUUUCGGUCUUGCUGGUUCCGUCCGCAAGUUCCUCGUUGAGCCCGCUGCUAUGAUCUGGCCUGGAGCUUUGGUCAAUGUUGGUUUCAUGUAUGCCCUGCAUGAUCACACCCCCGCUAUCCCCUCUGCCACCAAUGGUUGGUCGAUGACUCGUUACAAGUGGUUCAUGAUUUGCAUGAUCGGAAUGUUCGUCUGGUCUUGGUUCCCCGACUUCAUCAUCCCUGCUUUCAGUUACUUCGCAUGGGUGACUUGGGCAAAGCCUAACAAUGUCAUUGUCAACCAACUCUUCGGUCAACAGACUGGUGUCAGUCUUGGCUUCCCCUUCACUGGCUUCACCUUGGAUUGGGCUCAGAUCAACUCCUUCUACGGCAGCCCUCUGAUUUCCCCCUGGCACGCACUUGCCAACACAGGUGUUGGCAUAAUCUUCUUCGGCUGGAUCGUUGUUCCUGCUUUGCAAUACUCCAACGUCUGGUAUGGUCAAUACUUGCCAAUCUCGCAAAACGGUAUCUUCGACAACAAGGGCCACACCUACAAUAUCUCGAGGAUUCUUACACCCGAGCAUGUCGUCGACCCCCAGAAGUACGAGGAAUACUCACCUUUGAUGCUUUCAACCGCCUUUGCACUCACCUACGGAAUGAGUUUCGCUACCAUUGCCGCACUCGUCAGCCACACCUACCUUUUCCAGGGUGCUGAAAUCUGGCGCCGUUUCAAAUCCUCCAAGGGUGAGCUUGAUGAUGUCCACAUGAAGAUCAUGCGCAAGUACAAGCUUGUGCCUACCUGGUGGUAUCUUGCUCUUUUGGCUGUCACGAUCGCAUUUGCCUUCGUGUCUGCGCUCGCCUACCCUACUGAUAUGGCUUGGUAUUCUGUCAUCCUCUCGCUCGUCAUUGCCGGUGUCUUCACCAUCCCUAUUGGUAUUAUUCAGGCUUUCACAAACAUCCAACUUGGUCUCAACGUCUUCACGGAGUUCAUCAUCGGUUAUCUUCAGCCCGGUCACCCCAUCGCUAUGAUGAUGUUCAAGACCUUUGGUUACAUCGUCAUGACCCAGGCCCUAUAUUUCUGUCAGGACUUGAAGCUGGGACAUUACAUGCAUGUGCCUCAACGUUCGUUGUUCACCGCUCAGCUGGUUGCCACUGUCUGGUCCUGUUUCUGCCAGCUCGCAACUGUCGAGUGGGCCAUGGGUGCUAUCAAGAACGUCUGUACCAGCGCAGCUGCAGGCUCCUUCAACUGUGGUUCCAUCAAGACAUUCUACAAUGCCUCCGUCAUCUGGGGUGCUAUCGGUCCUAAGCACUUGUUCUCUUCUGGCGCCGUUUACCAGAGUCUCCAGUACUUCUGGCUGGCUGGUUUUAUCUCACCCUUCAUCGUCUAUGGACUUGCUCGCAUCUUCCCUAGGGUGUCUUUGAUUCGUUUUAUCAGUAUGCCCAUCAUCUUCGCCUGCUUCAGUUACGUUCCUCCAUACUCGGCCAUGAACAUUCUCUCCUGGGUCUUCGUCGGUUAUGCGUUCAACAGAUUCAUCCGUAACAAGUACCGUGGUUGGUGGUUAGAGUACAACUACAUCACCUCUGCUGCUUGGGACGUUGGUCUUGCUGUUUGCGCCAUCAUCAUCUUCUUCUGUGUUCAGCUCCCAGGCGCGUCUAUGCCCGACUACUGGGGCACCACGAUUGUUGAGACUACCUUGGAUGGUGGCGGUGCUGCCGCUGGUAACGUCAGACAGACAGUCUCUGGCAAGGAGUACUUUGGUCCCAGAACCUGGAAGUGGUAG